GGUGACAGCAGGGAAUGCCACUGAUGACGACCAGUGUUGGAAUGGGCACACCAAGGGCAGGUAAGACUGGACUACAGAAAUCUUUAAUCGCACCCAAUCACCGGCUGCUUACCCUGAACACUUAGGUAAACUAGUACUAAAUUACUUCCAUUAUAUGUCUGAUCCCGGAAUUAAGAACCUCUCAGAUUAUGUAUUUUGCACUGACCCAAAUACAACAGCUAGCUGUUGGAGAGCCUUGACAUUUCUGGUAGAGGCAUUGCAAAACAAGUGGAAGACAAAAUUUGCUGUGCACUCCAAAGUCCUCCAAGGAGUUGGGAAACAUAAAAGCGUCAGAGCCAAACUGAGCCUUCCCUGGAGAGGGCCUUUAAUGUUUGUUUUAAUUUGCUUUGAUGUCUUUUUAUAACCAGCAUGAUGCCCCGUUGCUGGAACUAAUUGCAUUAGCAGCCAAAGUGUUUGACAAUUGAAGUUAAAUGCUGAUUUGUCCCAAAAGGGGAGACUAAUAAACUACUGUUAUUAAAAGUCAUAAUCCAACUUUAACAUGUGCAUAUUGACUACUUGCUGGGUGACUUCACUUGAAUAAUAAUAGCAUAGCUCAUUUAUGUUUCUCAUUCAGUCAUUUUUAAUAUAAUAUUUAGGAGUUUCCUAUGUGUAUGCUAAUUACAUAGAGGUUGCAUUUACAUUGACAUUUACAUCAUUUAGCAGACGCUCUUAUCCAGAGCGACUUACAAAUUGGUGCAUUCAACUUAUGAUAGCCAGUGGGACAACCACUUUUUUUAUUUUCUUUUUUUUUUAUUGGGGGGGUAGGGGAGGGAGGUGUAGAAGGAUUACUUUUAUACUAUUCCAGGUAUUCCUUAAAGAGGUAGGGUUUCAAGUGUCUCCGGAAGGUGGUCAGUGACUCCGCUGUCCUAGCGUCGUGCGGGAGCUUGUUCCACCAUUGGGGUGCCAGAGCAGCGAAUAGCUUUGACUGGGCUGAGCGGGAACUGUGCUUCAUUCUAGAAUUGUGAUUGUGUGUGUUUCACAGGAAGUUGGUGGCACCUUAUUUGGGGAGAACAGGCUCGUGGUAAUGGCUGGAGCGGUUUCCAUGUAUUGGAUGCCAUUCCAUUUGCUCCGUUCCAGCCAUUAUUGUGAUCCGUCCUCCCCUCAGCAGCCUCCUGUUGUGUGUUUCCUACUGAACAUCUGUUCCCUGUCUUUCUUGAUAUGCCAUGUUGUCUUGUAUAAACAUACUUCCCCUACUGGUUAGCCCUGGUUUAACACCCAAGGUUGAGAUAGAAACAUAACUAAAGAUUCUGAGGCAGGGGAGGCUGGUGGGAAGAGCUAUAGGAGGACAGGCUCACUGUAAUCGCUGGAAUGGAAUGAAUGGAACAGUAUUAAACACAUCAAACAUAUGGAAACCAAAUGUUUGACUCCUUUCCAAUUAUUCCAUUCCAGCCAUUACAAUGAGCCCAUCCUCCUAUAGCUCCUCCCACCAGCCUCCACUGUUCUGAGGGCGCUGCUGUGGCAAGCAUCAGUUUUGUUCUACUUACUGAGCAAUACAACCUGUGAUAGGUCUUGUGGGUAUUCCAAGGAUAAUAGAUUGGCAGACAGAUUUUUACACUGGUAAAUGGUAGGGAAUAAUAUUUUUGUAACAGCUCAAUGUCUAUUGUUUGUGAGUUUAGUAUUUGUUGUUUUGAUGCCCAAGAGGUCCUGAUUUCAACUAUGACUCAUACAAAAAGUGUACUUCUUGGUUAGUUGUUAUCCGAAGCUGUCAGACUUUCAGAGUAGCACGGAUAGGUGGAUGUAGGAAAACAAAGUUAGUAUUGGAGAUGAAACAUAACAUAGCACAGCCCUUUGUGGGUGGCAGUGGCUACUGUGUUGUGAAAUAAACAGAAAGUGACCUCUGUAAUAUUCUCCAGGGUGAAAUAUCUUGCAGGGUGUAAACACAUUCCGAGGCAGUUCAAGAGUUCACUCUACUCACCCUGGUCACCCCUGACAGACCUGUGCUAGUCAUGCCUGUCAGAAGGAGAGCAGAGGACAGAAAAACAUGGUAGAGAGCUACAUGGAGGGUCCAGCCUUUGUCUCUGUCCUUUCUUAUUCAACUGGUGGGUGCAGAGCCCACAGCCUCGGUUGUGGAGAAUUCUGUGUAACAGACACAGCAUGCAGGGGAGGCCAGACCAGACUUUAAACCCUCUAGAGUCUAAGCCCUGUCUAAACUGGGGGGUGGGGGUGGGGUUCUAAUCCAACAUAUGGAAUUGUUUUAAGUUGGUCGUACCAAGGACCAUUUAGCUAUUUGAUUUAGAAUUUUAAGACCCCUUAAUGUAUCAAAAAAAUAUAUAAAACAAUUAUUUGAUGAAACAUUGAAUUUGGCAUUACUGCUAUUAGACAAUAGAAACGAGUUGAAUAACAGAUGAACUACAUGGAACAACAGAUAGCCCCCCAAAAUAAUCUAAAGGAAGUUUGUUCUGAAGUGUCUGUCCUAUAUCUGAGAGAUAUAAGAAAAUCAGGAAACUAUUUGUAAGUAUUUUUUUACAUGUAUUUUAUCCCCUUAUUUUAGGCACUAAACUAUCUCCAUUAAUACUGUACUUCCAUUCAUUUUUUAAACUGGUACCGGGGACCUUCACACGACAUAUUAGUGUGUAGCCCAAACCGUUCUGACGCUACAGACAGAAGUUGGCAGAAGAGGCUGUACAGACUUCAGACAAGUCUUGUGAGGCUUGUGGCCAAACCGUUCGGACGAUACAGAUGUUUUCGUGAGAAGAUCCCUUUUUCUGGAUGUCUCAUGGUCUGACAAACACCGCUCUAGCUCUACCACCUUUCACUGCAGAUGCGGAAGGCUGAUAUCGGCGGAUGCGGUGGAUUGAAACCCAGCCCAUGCAAAGAUAUCUCUAGCUUAAACAGAUGGAUUUUGAUGGGGAUUUUUGUAUUAUCUUAAUUGAUUUCCACGGGGCUGCGGAAAUUGUAGGCUAAGGGUUAAUGAGGCUGUCGAGUGUCAUUAACCGCUCUGGCAUUACUCCUCAGUGUGUUGCUUCAAUGUUCUGCUAAUUGCCUAAUGAAUUGGUUUCCCUCGGUGUGCUUAAGACAUGAUUUUUAUGAAAAACAGUUUCAGGGGAUUUCAGUGGUAACUAUGGUAACUCUUUAUAGUACAUAUGAAAUGAUAAGGCAUCUUUUUUUGUCCUGCCUGGCAGGUAUUUCCCGGAGGUUAUGAAAGACGGAUUGACCAAUCAGGUGAAUAACCCAGAGGUGGGCGUGGACAUCACCAGGCCGGACACGUUCAUUCGCCAGCAGAUCAUGGCUCUGAGAGUGAUGACAAACAAGUUAAAAAAUGCCUACAAUGGCAAUGAUAUCUACUUUCAAGACUCAAGUAAGUAACACUCCACACAUUUUUUUAAAUAUAUAUUAUAUUGUUAAGAAAUACUAUAGCCAUACAGUUUUUCCCAGUAUACCUACCGUAUUUGUAUUUGAAAAAAAAUUGUUUGUUUUUGUAGUUAUACUAAUUGUUUCUGUAUUCAUGUGGUCACUUCAACAUUGAAAGUGUAUUUUAAAUCAAUAUUCCUCUCUCUGUCAGUUCCUCUCUCUGUAUAUUUAUUGACUGCUUACUGUGCCCUCUGUCUUCCUGUGCUGUUGUCCAGGUGACGAGGGCAGUGGCUCGGGCAGUGGCAGCGGCUGCACAGAGGCCUGCGUCACUGAGUUUGUCUUUGCCAGCACCGAGGCACCGGUGGUGGGAGCGGACCGGAGCGGGAGUGGACCAGUGGAGGAUUCAGCAGCAGCCACACACCCUGCCCCCUCAGCAGCCCUGCCGGCCAGCCUGGCUCUCUCAGCCCUGGUACUGCACAGGCUAUGGAGA